AUGCUAAGUAUCCCACCCCAAGAAGGCCGAAACACGGAAAUUCCCACUCCAAAUAAGGAAAAUUUUACAUUGCCAUAUAUUUUCCAAACAAAGCAACAGCGCGACAUGCUAACGCCUGGAGUCCGAAGGGGUCACCAACGUAACCGGAGAACUACUACAGCACCAGCCGACCUUACGAAUGGUCUCCGAGUAGGUGCGGACAAACGAGACAAUCCAUAUCACGGUAUGCUUAUUGAGGAAUGGUGGACAUCGCAUCAAAUACAAAGCACAACUAUCAGGCAGCAAGACCGGUAA